AUAAGGCUAAACCGAAGUCAAGACAUAAUUAAACUUCACAAUCGUAUUCGCAAUGACAUUUACAAAAAAACUGUGUUUAUGUCUGUCAUUAUUUCUGGCUGUUGUGCCCAAUAGACUUUGCCAAACGGCUGCAUGUUCGGCAUGUUCGGACAAACAUGUAUUGGAAUCACUGGGGGAUCACGGUGAUAGACUGUUUUUACUCGAACAAGUUGUGAAAAACCUGACUCAGGAGAUAAGUAACCUAAAAUCAGACGUCCACCAUUUGAGCACAGAAAAUGACAAUUUGAAGAAAACUAUGCUUGUAGAAUGUGACAAUAAAAUGUGAAGCACACUGUGGUACAUCAAACCAUCCUACAACGAAACCAACAUCUAACCAUCCUACAACAACACCAACAACGCCUCAUACAACGUCAGUAAACAACCAACCUACCUCCGCAAUGGUGACCACCCAUGGAAGUAUCAAUAUCACAGUAAUGCAAGCGCAGACAUCUGCGAAUGUGCCAACAGUUCCACCGGUAGUAACAUCCGGUAGUCCAACGAAUGCAACAGCAAUGGCUAUGGUAUCGCCUCCUGACAUAACAACGGUAGCUGGGUUCCCAUCGGCAACGUCCAAUGGUCCGGCGAAUGCAACAGUAUUAAAUACGUCGACAUCUGAUAUCAUGACAACGGUAGGCACAUCUGCAAACACGACGUCAGUCGGAAAUUCUUCAGCACCCUCAAACCCAGCCUUGGGUGUAAUUACGACCACUCCGAACGUGACCACAAAUAGUCCUCUAAUGACCACUAUUGCAACAACGAGUCCGACAUCGACAGAUGCUACGACUACAUCUGGACCUGUAUUCGACGAUUGUGAGCAUGCAUUGGGACAUGAAGUAGGUGCUAAAGUUGUACAAAUCAAACUUGCAGGGUCCACUGCAAGGGUAAUCAAAGUAGAGUGCACACAGGAAAAUGGCACAGUGUGGAUGGUCAUUCAGAGACGAGUUGACGGCUCCGUAAACUUUGACAAAACGUGGCAAAUGUACAAAAUAGGUUUUGGAAAUAUAAACCCAAAUGGAGAAUAUUGGCUAGGCAAUGAAAACAUACAUCAAACGACAUAUACUGCUGACCAUCGUUUACGAAUAGACAUGCGCGACUGGGAUGGAAACUCGGUUAACGCCGAGUACGAACAUUUCCGAGUUGGAGACGAAGCAAGCCGAUAUACUCUUGUAGUGGGAAGCUAUUCGGGCACAGCAGGGGACUCUUUCCACUACCCACCGUCCUACCAGCUACAGCACCACCAGGUGGCGUUCUCCACGCGUGACCAUGACAACGACAACAGUCCCGUCAACUGCGCACGUGAGCUGAGAGGCGGCUGGUGGUUCAACGACUGCUACAGUUCUAAUCUUAACGGUGCCUUCAUCGACCAUCCUUUCGGUGCGCGCACGAUCGGCGAGUCGUACGGACAACCCCCCCUCGAGGGCACGGGCAUUGAGUGGUACCCGUACAAACGCCGACAGUACUCCAUGCGAAGCGUGGAAAUGAAAAUCACAAAAUCAAGGGUCGCGUCAAUUAUGGGAUGAUGUUUUUGUUGCGGUUUUUGGUAUUUCAUGAAAAUAAAGUGGCUUUUUCUCUG